AUGGCCACCUCAAAGAAACCCUCACUGCUGAAGAGGCUCACCGACAAGCUAGGGUUGAAGAUCAAUCUCCCAAUUGUAUUGUUGAUAGGAGCUGUCGCACCAGCAAUUGGCCUCUCCAUAUAUCAAGAUGCUAGCGUCGCAGACCACUACUCAACAAUCGGCUACCUCAUCCCUAUCAUGUCACUCUUCGUCGUUCCCAUCCUGCCCCGAGCCAGAUUUCUGCAGAAUUUCUUCGUCACUGGUUUCUUGACUUGCUUCGCCGCGGCAAUAUCCCUUCUCUACAUGUGGACUGCGAUCAAAGCUCGGAAAAACACGACCCAUCUGUCGGCGGAGCAGCGGAGCAAUGGACCUGUCCCCGGAGCUGAAGUUGUGCCCUACAACGCAGCGGCAAGCGCAUGCCUCGCUGUGUGGUUUUUCUUUUGGCUCUGGGCUUACAACACGUUUCGCGCUUUUCGACCGCAAUAUUUCCUGCCUCUGAUCGUUUUUGGUAUAUUUAUCAACAUCACAGCUGUAUACGGUACCAUCUUCCCGGAAAUGGAACAGGCCAAAAAUUUAGUAAAACGACUCCUCGAUACCUUUUGGGUCGGCUUCGGGCUCGCAUUCGCCGUCCACUUUGUGGUGUUACCUCUCACGUCACGAGAUCUCGUAACACUGAUCCUGACCGAGUACCUCCACAUCCUCAAAGGCGUCAUUGAUGCUAAAGCAGCACUACUGAUCUCUUUGCCGUCUCGUGACUGGACUAAUGGAAGCAGACCGACCAGCUUGGAAAGCGACAGUGAAGGAGGCGAGCCCGUUGAACGGUUGACCUCCUGGCCCGAAGCUGACAAAUGGCGAGCACUCACUGCGGCUGCCACCGAAUGCCAGAUCAAGAUGCAGUCGGAGAUGCGCUAUGUCAAACGUGAGGUUGUCUUUGGGAAAUUAGCUGGCAAGGACUACUCGAGCAUCACAAAACUGCUGAGGAACAUUUUGAUCCCAAUCGUUGGCCUGGAGACGGUGAUUCAGGUCAAUGAUCGGGUCGAAAAGCAAGGAGGAUGGACGUCGAUCAAGGCCUUCAAGGACGGUAACAACUCCGAGAUUUCAGAUCGAGAAUUGAAUGGCGAGGAGAAAGAGCGGUGGAGUUCGUUAUUUGGCCAAAUUGACGGAGCCUACAAACUGCUGUGGCGGGCAAUGAUCGAAGGGCUCGACUAUGCAUGGUUGACCCUGCAAAUCACCAAAAAGCCAGUGUUCACAACCAAAGCCGACCUUGAGGCGAGAGCAGCCGAGUCUCCAGAGGGAAAAGGGUUUGCGAAGUACCUGGAAAAGACCAUCGACAAUUUCUUGGCUGUACGAGAGGGACCUCUAAAAGAAUGGUGUCGCGCAAACGAAACCGCUGAGACUACUGCACGGUCUUCGCACAAGCGACAUACAUCUCAACUAUACCUUCUGCUUGACCUCGAAUACUGCGUUGUAACAACGGCAAUCGGGAUCCUCGACCUGGUGCGGUUCGCCGACUCCAAAGUCGAAGACGGCACUAUGAGAAAGAAACGGUUUCUAUACCCGAGCGCAAAGCAGUGGAAGAAGUGGGCAUGGGCAAUCAUCACCCGCGAAGACAGCAAUCUGGAUUACACGGCAUACAGCUACCGCAGCGGCACGCCGACAGUGUAUCUGGGCGAUGCUCUGGGUGUCAACCGAGACCCUGAGCACCUCCCGCCCGUGACGUGGUGGGAGAAACUGACCGACUACUUCCGCCUGAUUCCCCGGCUUUUCGGCUCCAAGGAAUCCUGGUUCGGCUUCAAGGUCGCCACGGGGACCAUGAUCAUCGCGGUCACGGCCUUCCUGAGAAACUCGCAGCAAUUCUACAUCAAGCAGCGCAUCAUCUGGGGCGCCAUCAUGGUCGCCAUCAGCAUGACCCAAACCGCGGGAUCGGGAAUGUACGGACAAUUUGUGAGGAUCUUUGGCACCUUCUUGGCCAUGGUCUUGUCGUAUAUCGAUUGGUACAUCGUGGACGGCGACACGGCGGGCGUCAUUGUCUUUAUGAGCCUGACCAUCUUCCUGUACCACUAUCUCAUGGUCACGAAACCCAACGACCCUGUGAUUCCCAUGAUCGGGAUGAUCACGGUGGUGUUGAUCGUGGCGUACGAGCUGCAAGUCAAGCAAGUCGGUCUCGCUGUUUCCGAAUCCAACGGCCAGAUUUUCCACCCCGUGUACGAGCUGGCGCCUUAUCGGCUUGCAUGCGUGCUCGGUGGCGUGGGCGUCGCUUGCUUGAUGACCUACUUCCCCAGCGUGACCACGGCGCGAAGCGAGAUGCGGAGAGACUUGGGGAACACGCUGUAUCUGCUCGGUCAGUACUACAGCUCCUCGCACAAGUCGGUGUCGUUGCGCCUGAAGGGGAUGGAGGGGGACGUCAAGGACAAGAAGAGCCCCCUCCGGAGGCUGGAGAAGGCGCGCACAAAACUCUUUGCCAAGAAUUUGAUUCUCAUCCAGGCGAUGAAGAAUCAUCUCAAGUUCAUCCGAUGGGAGCCUACGUUUGGAGGCCGAUUCCCCAAGGAGACUUACGAGAGGAUGCUCGCCCAUACCGAGAACAUCCUCCGCUUCACAGCCAUGAUCGCCUGGACCACCAAGACCUUCAAAGAAAUCCCCGACGAAGUCGCGGUCGGGCACCUGGACGGGCGCAACAGCGUCGUCUCCACCGACAACCAGGACGGCAAAUGGCUCACGGACUUCACCCAGCUCAUCUCCUCCCUCGAACUCACCUCCCAUUCCGUCACAUCCCUCCUCGCCAUCCUCUCCGGCUCCAUCGGCUCCGGCAAACCCCUGCCGCCGUACCUGAAACCUCCCGAGAGAUUCCACAUUGACGAAAUGCUCUCGAGCCUCGACAGCAGCAUCCUGGAUACGAAACACAUUUGCGAACCGGGGUAUUCGGCUUUUGCGGUCAUGCAGGUCUGCACGACGAUGCUCAAUGAGGAUCUGGCGGAUCUGUUGGCAGAGACGAAGAGGUUGGUGGGUGAGGCGGAGUUCAAUCUCGAUGUGGUGCAGGAGGAUUAUGAGAGGAAUGUGGGUGUCGUGCCGAGGGAGAUUCGUGAGAAGAGGGAUUAA